AUGGUCCAGGACCUUGAAACUGAGCUUGGGGUUGUUGAACGAUGGAAGGCGGACCAGCUGGAGUAUCAACAAGCAGAGCGUGAAACUGGUGAUAUUCAGCAAAAGCGAUGGGCGAGGCCAGCCUACCGGGAGGUCAUGCACCAAUACUUCAAGAUUCUGCGCGCUAAGGAAGAAAUCGAGCUUCUCAAUAUUGAAAUACGGCGGGUAUUGACAUGGAUGCGGGAUGAUGCUGCCGCCCUGCAGGAGAAGGGGGUGAAGCUGAGAGACACAAGUGGCAAGUCUCCGGAGAAGGCCGAGCAAGAUGGUUUGAUGGCGGUUCAGCUCGCAGAAUAUGCCUCCCGCCGUCAUCGCUUCAAUGACACCCACAUUCGUCGGUUCCAUUCACUCGCUAUCUUGGAGGGCUUUACCGGCUCUUUACAGUUAGGGCAAGCAAUCAAAUCUUGUCGGGUGGAGAUGAAUGAUAUGGACAUUGAUGAGCAAGCGCCAACGACAAUUUCCUUUGAUGAGGUGAUGGAGAAACGUGACGAGGAGUAUGGCUCGGAUGAUGAAGGAGAUGAGGCACAGGAUACAGAGCUUUCAGAUCUUAUCUUUAUGUUAGCUGGUCUUGGAAUUGAUCAAAAUGAGGGUGUUGAAUAG